AUGACCUCGAGUGAGAACGCUAGCAUUCCGGCGGGAGAGCAGUCUGCGGCCGCUGGAUCUUCGUCUACAAACGACUCAGUCCUGGCGGCGCAACGAAAGGAGAAGGGGGCCCGCUUUGCUCAGUCGCGCGACGCUGGAAUCGCGGAGAUUCACAGCCAGUGGUGGUCUUAUCCUCCCGUCACAGCAGCUGACAACGAGAUCAUCGAGCUGUCCUUCGUUGAUGCCACUGGCAACUCCGAGCGUUGGGAGAUGGAGCUCGUCCCGUGCUCUCUCAGCGAGCCAUUCACGCAUGCUGCCCAGCGUUUCCGUGUCGCCGCCAACAAAAGAUACAGGCAUCCGUUCUUGCCGUCCCGCCACUUUGACCUUUUGCUGGAGAGCGACCAGCGGUCUGACUUCGACUCUCUGUCUUCGCGCACUAUAGCCGAUGUCCUCGGCGAUACACGCGAGGUUCGGUACGUGCGCAACGACAACGGGCAAGCCCAACGCGAAGAGCAGGAGAAGUCGCCCUCGAAGCUCUUCCCACCUUGGGAGCGGGCGCACCUCCUGCCAUCAUGGUGCGAAACACCCGACUUGUGGUUCGAGCCUACGCCUCCGCCGGGGUUCUCUGCCAGUAAGGCUCAAGGGAAGCAGUACUACGCCAAGAUACCGACUCUGCACAUCCCAUUCGCUUGUAUACGCUCCGCCGCGUUUCAACCGCAGCACGUAGCUCGGUCGCUCUACUUGCCCGUGCAGGACAAUCCGAUCACUGGCCAGACGAGCGCGUUCCUAUUCGAUCGUGAGAAGGACCUCGUACCAUUUGCCAACCGUAUUCCUACCUCCACCAUCACUGUUGAGGCCGCUCGCUCCCUCCUUGGACGCUUCGUGCAGUCAUCGACCGAGCCCCUACGCGACGACGCACCGCCAACCGCUAAGAAGCAGAAGAAGACGAUGGGCAACAAGUACCAGGCUCAGACUGUCGCUAUUGCUUGGGGCCUCACUGUUGAUCAAGACGGAAAGCCGGACUGGUUGCACUGUGCGACACUGCGAGGCAACUGGCAGUUCGACGUCGUGCUUGACCUAACGGGACGGCUCAAUCGACCAUUUGGCUAUCCAGGAGUCAAGCACGCAAAUUGCGCUUGGCUUGGGGCUGUCGUGCUAGACGCUGAUCGGCGAGCACUCGAAGAGAACGAGAGAGCUGAGCAGAAGGAGCGGCCUCCGCAAGAUGCAGACCAGUUCUCGGAAUGGUCGCAGAAGACGCGAAGGUGGAUCAGGAACUUGAAUGCGGAGAACGCCGACAAACUUAUCGAGGUGGGCCAGAACGGGACCUUCCUCGCCGGCGAUAUCGAGCUGGCCAAGGGCGAUAGCGAUGAGUUCGAGUUGACCAUCUCAGGCGCAAAACCCGGCACCUGGCGCAUGCUAGUCUCUGAACCAUUGCUUGCGCAACUCGCCUGGGUUCGCGAUGGCACUGUCGACUACGACGCAUUGCUACAGGAACACGGCGAGACCCCGCGACCAGUGAAUGUCAAUGACAGCCUAGAGGAGCUCGGGACGUUUACUGUGGACUCCGGCCAUGCCAGUCUCUUUUCCCAGAGCGCAUUUGACAGCUUAACGUCUGGCAAUGACCGAGAGGCGAAGAUCGAGACGCUCAUCGAUGCGGCUAUGGAUGGUCGGGGAGAUGAAGUGUAUGUGCCAGGCGGUCUUGUCGUGAACGGGGACGACGGGACAUACGUCCUCGAAGGCACGAGAGAUGACGGAGGGCAGAUCGUCUUUAUCAAGUUACGCCCCUCGGAGGCGGAAUGA